AUGGCUACCAUGGCAGCGGCUGCUCGUGAUAUCUCCCAGGCCUCCUCGAGUCGAGACAACUUAACUGCUGUAGCGGCUCGAAGUGCGUCUGCGACUGUGACACGAUCUCAACAACCCCUCCCUACUCCCCCCAACUCCAUUUCUCCCAACCUGCCGGCUCACGGGCUCAAGGCGCAGCUCCAGAAGGCCAAGCUUGAGCCUAUAGACUCAGACCUGGAUCUUCAGGAAUCUUCGGAUCGACGACGAUCGAUCUCGCCUACCCUCGAGGCCUCAGGUGCCAUCACCGGCUCUCUCCUCGCCAAAUACCACUUGCCAGAGAUCUUGCUCAACCACGGUCCCUUGGCCAUCAGACACAUCAUGGGGUACCUAACCACUUCGGUCCCCGGAUUUUCGGGAAUUCCCCCAACAAAGGCGCGAAGACUGGUCGUGGGAGCUUUGGAGGGUCGAGGAGGAGAAGGCGGUGGACAGGAUGGAGAGGUGGAAUUUGAAAAGGUGGGCUGGGGCCGAUGGGAUGCUCGCAAGCGAGGUCAACCUUCGCGACACCGCCAGGGAACUCCACCUUCCUACAUUGCCGGCAUCCCCAUCAGCAAAAACAGCGGUAGAGAUGACCGACCCAGACUCAGCAUUGCUUCAAGCAACGGAGAUUCGGCUCAUUUUUCUCAUGAAGACCACGACGUUUACAUGAUGGAACAUGAGGCCGAUAAAAUGUCCAUGGAUGGAUCCGGGUCUGCCUCGUGCUCCGAGGCUCCUGACGACGAUGUUGUCAUGAAUGACGACCCUGAGGAUGCGACGGACGACGAGGACUGGGCCACGAUGGGUGCUGCUGCACUCCGAGCUGAGUCUUACCCCAACCCGGCGGCGGCUCAGAUCGACUGCGGCUUCCAGUCCUCUUCUGCAUAUACACCAGGUGGGCUUCGUUCGUUCUCUGCCAGCUCUGGUAUGGCGCGUCCACCUCGAGCACUUAACAUCGAUUUCUCGGCAUUGGCGGGUACCUCUGACGCACAGGAGCGGGAGGCUGUCGAGGCUCUUCUGCAACUCGGUUCUGCAUAA